AUGAGAAUCUAUCAAUGCCACUUCUGUUCUUCCCCCGUGUAUCCUGGGCACGGGAUCAUGUUUGUUCGUAACGAUGCGAAGGAGUUUAGAUUCUGUCGUUCCAAGUGUCACAAGGCGUUCAAGCAGCGCAGAAACCCACGUAAGUUGAAGUGGACCAAGGCGUUCAGAAAGGCUGCCGGGAAAGAAUUGGCUGUGGACUCCACGUUGACUUUUGCCCAGAGGAGAAACGUCCCAGUAAGGUACAAUAGAGAACUUGUCGCUACUACGCUAAAGGCCAUGAGCCGGAUUGAACAAAUCAGGUUGAAGCGUGAGAGGGCAUUCUACAAGAACAGAAUGAGAGGCAACAAGGAGAGGGACUUUUUGAGAGACAAGAAGCUCGUGGAAUCUAACCCAGAGUUGUUGAGAAUCAGGGAAGUUGAAAUUGCCAACAGGUUGGCUAAGGAACAAGAGAGAGCGGAACAAGAGGAGUUAUCCGAAGAAGAAGAGGAAGAGGAAGAAGAAGAAAUGGAGGUCGACAGUGAAGAAGAGGAGGAGAAACUGCAGAAACAAAAGAUCUUGUUGAAGAACAGAAAAAGAAACACAAAGAAACUAGCCUUCUGA